CACCUACAGAAUUUCGAGUGUCAUUUAAUGACGAUUAUAAUAUUGUGGAUAAUGCCUCUUCUUGCGAACUAAUUUCAAAACAUAAUUCAUGUCGCCGCUUCAAUUCAAAAAGUUAUUUUCACUAUCUUUCUCAAUACAAAUCCACAGAUUUAAUAAUUGAAGUGGGUGAAAAACAUAAACUAGAGAGAUUUAUGGCACAUACAGCAAUUCUCUCCAAAAGUACACCUUAUUUUAAAUGUUCUUUAUCGUCAACUUGGGCCAGAUUUGAAAAUGAUAAAAUUAUCUUUAAAAAGCCUAAUAUUGCACCACAAGUGUUUAACAUUAUAUUAGAUGGAAAAGUACUUUGGGAUGAUCAUACUGAACAGGAUUUAUUAGACUUUUUGGUGGCUGCUGAUGAAUUAUUAUUAAUUGAUGAAAUUCUUGACGAAGGCCAAUGCUAUCUAAUUGAGCAAAGAUAUGAAUGGAUCCUAAGCAAUUUAAGUUCAGUAACUUUUUAUAGUUUCAGAUACAAACCAUUUAAAAAAUUAAAAAAAUUUUGCAUGGAAAGGAUUUGUGAAAAUCCAAAAUUAAUCUUCUUUAGAUCAAAUUAUUUCCUAAAUUUUGACGAUAGUUUUUGGAUAAACUUUUUGAGUCAAGAUCAUAUUCAAAUGGAUGAAUUUGAAAUUUGGCACAAUUUGAUUUUAUGGGGAAUUGGUCAAUCUUCAUUAACAAAUCUUUCUUUUUUUAAUUUUUCUAAAAAAGAAUUAGCUGAUUUAAAAAACAUAUUACAUCAAGAACCUGAUUCACUUUAUUGGAUUAAUAAUGAUAAUGAUAAAUAUUUACACACAGAUGACAGUUUUAUAUUCUCUUUUAGUACUUGUAAAAAUUCUAAGAAAGCCAAGUUUAGCAGGGUUAAAAAGUCUGGACCGGCAAUUAGAGAUAAUCCAAAAUUAGGUCCAUGCUUUGGUAAAGGAGAUAUAUAUAUGACCAAUAAUUUUAAUAACUAUCAAGCAUGCUCCUCUAAUCCUUCAAGUUUUGAUGAUCUUAUAUCGCCAAAGAACUUUUCUAUCAUUGAAUAUGCAGUUUUUCAAAUUGUAUACAAAAGAAGUGAAGAAAAUAGAUGGAUUUCAUUUAUGAAUCCCAAAUACUUUAAAGAUGAUAAAUAUGUUGGGCCUGUUGUUUAA